GGCUCUUUCUGUCAAUGUCAAACUGCGCGUCGGUCUUCUUCGACGGCUGCGUCUUGCGUGCGAGAUUAUUUUAGAUUUCGCAAAAUGGCGGACGGAGGCGUGGAUAUAGAUCUCUACGCCGAUGAUAUUGAAUCGGAUUUCAACAGACAGGACGAAUUUGGAGGUGAAAAUGUGGAUCUUUACGACGAUGUGAUCGCGGCGCCUGCAGCGAAGCCAGAAGACGGAGAUGGACCGCCGAACUCCUCGGCGCAGCAGCACUCGCACCCGCCAGAGGAGACCAACGGCAACGCAUCGUACCACAACAACGCUUCCAACCACGGACAUCAUGGCCGCCGCUGUCAGCUCUACGUCGGCAACCUAACUUGGUGGGCCACGGAUCAAGAUAUAGCUAACGCCGUCGCUGAUAUCGGCGUGACGGAUUUUCAAGACGUGAAGUUCUUCGAGAAUAGGGCCAAUGGACAGUCCAAAGGGUUCUGCGUCAUAUCCCUGGGCUCUGAGCCCUCCAUCCGGAUGGUCAUAGACCGUCUGCCGAAGAAGGAAAUCCACGGACAACAUCCCGUUGUCACUUUGCCAACUAAACAGGCACUCAACCAAUUUGAGAGUCAGUCGAAGACUCGCUCCACCCCGCCGGGGCCCAACAACCCGGGCAUGAGGGGGCCCCACCCCGGGGGGCCACCCGGACCGCACCCUGGAGACUUCUUCGGAGGCGGGCCCAACGGUCCCGGGCCUAACGGGCCCCGCAUGAUGAUGCCAGGGCCGGGCCCGCACCACCAGCUGCGCGGGCCGCCGCCGGGGCCCCCGCACGGGCCGCCGCACCACAUGCAGCAGCACCAGGGGCCCCCGCCGCAUCAUAUGCAGCACCAGGGCCCGCCCCCGCAUCAAGGUCCGCCGCCUCACAGGCCCCCAAUGCAGUCGCCGCACGGGCCGCACCACAUGCAGCCGCACCAGGGGCCCCCGCCGUACCACAUGCGCCACCAGAGCCCCCCGCCGCACCAGGGGCCCCCGCCGCACAGGCCGCCGAUGCAGUUCCAAGGCCCGCCGCAGAUGCAGCGGCCGCCGGGCCCGCGGCCGGGCCCGGAGUGGGGCCCGCGGGGCCCGCCGCACCAUAUGCAGCAGGGCGCGCCGCAGUACGGCCCGCCGCAACACCAGCUGCCGCCGCACCAGCUGCCGCCGGCACACGCAGUCAGUCCGCCGGGGCAGGGCAUGCCGCCGCCGCACCACCAGCUGCCACCGCACCAGCAGGGCCCGCCGCGGGGCCCCGCGCCGUUGCCGCAGCACCCAGGCGUAGGUCCGGGCGCGCCGGCUCCACACGUGAACCCGGCGUUCUUCAGCCAGCAGCCGCCAGUGCAGCCGGCGCCGGGCGCGCAGCCGCCGCCGCCGGGGCCGCCGGAACAAUUCGCAGGGCCCGGUGCGCCUUACGGCCACCCGCCGCACGGCGCGCCGCCGCCGGCGCAAGGCCCGCCGCCGGGGGCUAGGCAGCCCUAUGGCAGACCACCACAGAGCUACCCGCCACCAGCGGAAGCGGCGCGCGCGCCUCACCACGCGGCGGCCAUCGCGCCCCACGCGGCCCACGCACCGCAUCCGGCCAUCAGCGAGGCCGAGUUCGAAGAGGUCAUGGGCCGCAACCGCACCGUGUCAUCCAGCGCCAUAGCACGCGCCGUCAGCGACGCAGCCGCUGGAGAAUACGCGUCUGCUAUAGAGACGCUUGUCACAGCCAUCUCCCUCAUCAAGCAGAGCAAGGUUGCCCACGACGACCGUUGCAAGAUCCUGAUAUCUUCGCUGCAAGACACGCUGCACGGCGUGGAGACCAAGUCCUACAGCAGCGGCGAACGUUCGCGGCGCUCGCGCUCGCGGGAGAGAGACGCUCGCGCGCACCACCGCGCGCCGCGCCGCCGCGAACGUUCGGCUUCGCGCUACAGAGACCGCAGCAGGGAUAGAGAAGACAGGGAUCGAUACCGCGAACGGUCGAGUGGGCGUGACCGCGAGCGCGAUCGUGACGCGUACUACAGAGACUACCGUGAGAGGGAACGCGACCGCUCCAGGUCUAGAGACCGCGAACGCACUGAUCACUACAACAGGGGACACAGCCGGGAAGAGAGGCCGCGCAAAUCGCCAGCUGACGCGACAGCCGAAAGCGGCGCGGGCGACGCUAGUUCAGCGAAGUCACGCGCAGCCGCGGCGCCGUACUACGACGAGCGUUACCGCGAGAGGCGCGAGCGAGAUGCAGCACCCACAGAAAGAGACCGCGAACGCGACCAUCGCCGUGACCCGAGACACUAGGGGAUGGUCAGUACAAACAGCGUCUACGUCUUGCGGCGGCUUUAUUGAUGGACGGAACGUGGUCUGAGCGUUUUUGACUUUUGAUCGAUAAGCGUAAUGGUCAAUAUUGAUCGGACUAAGCGUGUUGGUCAAUAUUUAUUUACUAAGCUAAGCGUAUUGGUCAAUAUUGACUAAACAAGCGUGUUGGUCAAUAUUGACUAGACAAGCGUGUUGGUCAAUAUUGACUAAACAAGCGUGUUGGUCAAUAUUGACUAAACAAGCGUGUUGGUCAAUAUUGACUAGACAAGCGUGUUGGUCAAUAUUCAAGGGACUUAAGUGUGUGUUACAGAAUGAGCUCAAAACUCGAUUUAAUUUCAAGCAUAAAUAAAUGUUGAGGCUUUUGAUUGGUUGAAUUGCAAUUUAGACCAAUCAAUGACUGAGAUGGAACCGAGUUGUGAGCGUUGUUUUGUAAAGCACCUGAGCGUGUUGAUCAAUAUUGACUGGACUAGCGUAUUGAUCAAUAGACGCUUAGAUCAUGUGGGUCUUGGCUCCGCUGUGAUGCUGUUUGUACUUCGCAUUAGCGUUAAUCUUACUUGUAAUGUCUUGCCGUUUGACCCUCGUUCGUCUUUGAGAUAUUUGCAUCCAACAUUGUGUGAUAGUGUAAAGUACAAUUUGAUUAAUUGUCAUUGUCUGUUUCACCUCGAGAUUUUAGAAGCUAUCUUAGGGUAUUUGAUAAUACGGCAGGACUAAAGAAUAUACCAUUGACUCGUAAUGUAAGAUGUGUGAAAAUAAAAAUCCUUAAGGAUAAUUUAGUUGUAUGGUUUCUCUAGAACCCUGUAGAUUACAAACAAGUAUUGUUAAUGGUAUAUUUAGCAAGUGAGAUCACGCUAAGACUUUUAACACUGGAUUUGACUUGUUUUGAGCAAUGAAGAGUGCAUUUCUAUUAUAAUAAUAUGCUAAUUAAUAUACAAACCUAAUGUGCACUGUGAUGUUCUCGGAUUAGACUUGAGAAAUCUUGGAUGAUUCAUGUCUUGUACCAUGAAAUAGUCAUAUGAACAAGAUAUUAUGUAGCGAGUUUUCAACAUUAAAUUUGUUGAUCAGGCAAAAGUCUUAAUAUUUUGUUUAUUGUAAAUACACGCUUUUUCAAUCGAGUGUAUGGAACUUUUUUGUAUUAAUCGAAUUAUAUGUUGUAGAACAAUACAAACAUUAAUUUGCCUAAUGGACUAAUACCAAAGUGUAUUCUUUCAGCUGUUUAAGUUAUUAUCAAGUGCGUGUAGUAGACAUAAAGUCUUAAAAAUGUGAACUAUUGGGGUUACUCUAAUUAUUGUGUUUUGGCGUAUGACUUUGCAAAAUAAAGCGGUCACAUUAGAAUUAGUAAAAUCAACACAUGGGAGUAGACCAUAUUUUUGUAACGUAAAUUGGGAAGUACAUUCCAACACAAAAAUGUUUCUCACUAUACUAAAUUCUGUGAAAUUUAGGCAUUGAUGUUAUCCUAUUGUUUUAAAUAAUUUUAUUCAAUAGAGCUAGUUAGGUACAAGUCAUCUAGAUUUAAGUUUGUGGUACGGAGUUAUCUGUACGGGCGUAUGACUCUGACUUAGGAUUUAAUUAUAAAUAAAUUGAUGUAUCAACUCAAAAA